CCUCCCUCCCUCCCCCUCCCCCCUCCCUAUCUCUGUCUCUCUCCCCCUUCGCCCUCUCUCUCAUCCUCCUCCUCUCUGUGAGUCUCUAGGUGAGUCAAAAGCAGCCCUGAAUCAGGAAGUAGGAUGCCGUGAAAGACAUUAGUAGGCAGAAGGAAAUGGGCACCACCACCACACAAUGUCACCAUGUCUGCUGCUGCUCCUGUCCAUGGUAACACAAGGACGAGAGGGAGGAAAGGCCACAGGGAAAUGACCCCAUCGUCGAUCAUGUUGCUGCUGGCGCUGACAGCCUGCUUGGCUGGGACUGUGCUCUGCCAGAGUGAUGAGGACACAAAUACUGUUGAAGAAACACAAACAGAAAAUGAUGCGGGGUUCUCAGUGAUCCCAACUGCAAGUGAUGCUACCCCUACACCAGACUCAUACCUAUCAUCUGAGAGUCCUUCAGGUGAGAUUACACCUGUCUCCAUAACACAAUUGCAUUACCUGAUUUCCAUCAGAGCCUUGCAUGACAACAACAAAAAGGCCCUCUGGUUUUUCAUUUCAUUUUAUGUCAUUUCAGAGGGAUAUGAGACUGAAGCUGAAUCUGGUUCUGGAUACAGUCCAGGUGUCCAUUUAGAAGGGGAGGAUCAUCUCAAAUCCUCUGAAGCACCGUUGGAGGAAAGUCUGAGUCCCACCUUCAUCCUGGUUCCUGUUGUGCUGGUGGCCGUGAUCAUCGCCAUGGUAGUGGGCGUAGUCAUAAUCAACCGCAGAUGGAAUCGGAAAGAAAAGAGCAAUUCUGAUAAUGUAGAAGAGGAUAAAUAUUUGCAUGGUAGCGAUGACACAGAAAACGUUCCAAUGCCCAUGUUUGAGGAUGAUGUCCCCUCUGUGUUGGAGCUGGAGAUGGAAGACCUGGAACAGUGGAUGAAUAAAGAUGGUGGAGUUCGAAUGGACUCUGGACAAGGGAUCUAACAUGAGAUCAUGGCUAGUCUCUAAAGAGUCAUGGAGUCAGUCAAUUCUCUCUCCCAACCGUCCUCUUGCUGUACUGCCAGUGACAAAGGACAUUUCCCCAGCGCAGGGGACAUUCUGUGACCCAGCAGCACUGUAGGCUUCUUCUAUUCAUGUCAAUGUCAAAGCAACGUCAUCAACAGACCACAUUGACAACAAGGAAGCAACACCUCCACCAAGGUGACUGCAAAAAACAGGAAAUUCUGAAUUGAUUUUCCAUUUCAGCAUAAACAAAAGACAAGUAACAAUAAAUGCACAAGGUAAACGUUUUUAGAACGUAACAUCUUAAAAUCUGCGCAGUCCACCGUCAAAUGUGCUGUGGUAUAGAUUCUAUGGAGAAACAGUGUGCGGCAAUAGUCCUUUCACUACACGGAUCCUGAUUGUGGUCGGCCUAAUAAUGAAUGCUUUUUGCAACGCCAUCAACUCAGUACUGUGCCUUUUAGUCAUUGUUUCAAGUUCAUAUUCACUUUUUAUGUGAUUGUUUUAUUGCCUUUUGUAUUCAGCUGUCAUGCAGUGAGAGAGGGAAUCAGUGAGAGAGGAAGGAGUAAAACACAGGAGGUUGGUGGCACCUUCAUUGAGGAGGAUGGCUCGGGGUAAUGGCUGGAGCAGAAUGAGUGGAAUGGUAUCAAAUACAUCAGAAACUUGGUUUCCAUGCGUUUGAUGCCAUUCCAUUCGCAUUCACCUGGACAGUUAUAGUGCCAGUAUUUGGCAUAUAAACAUGUUUUAUCCCUUUAGAUCAUUGAAACAUCUGCAGUUUUUUGAUGAGUGUCUAGAGUAGACCUUUAAAAGUCAUGUAAGAAGUCUAUAUAUCUACUUUAUAAAUAUGUGUUGAGUGAAGGAGGUUGGGGGGGCAGGGUGGAGGGUUAAUGUGUCUCCUCCAUAUUUUCUUUGUACCCCUAUGUCAAUAUAAAUGAAAUUAAAUAAACAUUUGAUCAAAAAAUAAA